GAAUACAUUGCAAUGUUACGCUGAUGGAAAGUAACAGCAAUUAUCAAUUUCCAUUCAUAGAUUUACUAAACGAGUUGUUGCACGUAAAUUUAGUUUCGUGAUUUUAAAUUCCGAAUUUUGAAUCAUAAUUUCGUCUCAUGGUGUAAUUACAUUGUCGUAAAUUAUUUGGAAAUUUUCCUCAAGGUCCAAAAAACGUUAUUAUUGUUCAAAAACAUCUGAGAAUGUAAUGACAAGUAAUUUUUAUUUUAAUCUACCUAAGCGCUAUGAACGUCACUUCCAGAACUGCGCGUAUGUGCAUUGCAAUCGAGUCAUAAACUAAUUCCCCGAGAAUGUUUUCAAUUCAAGUCAGAAUACUAUCUCCCCCUCGAUAUUCCACUGUCCUCGAAAUCGCCAUAAAUAUCUUGAUCCGAAGGUAGCAUGACACCUAGCAAUUUGUAUGAUGAAUAUUUUUCCAUUACGCCUGUACGUUUCCAACUUUAUGAAAAACCAUCGUCCAAUGCAUUAGUCAGCGUCAACAUUAUUUGUAUUUCGAUUGGGGAAAACACACAAGUGUUGUACAUUCGCAAUUCAUGACUCUCAAUAUUUUUUGGUAUUAAUUACUCCGGAAUGAAGUGGCGAAUUUUAGCGAUUAUCUCACGGUAAAUUAAACACUGGAUGAAAAAACGUUAAUUUAUCAACAUCAUCAUGCGCGAUUGAUUUAUGGGGGUUGGGGGAAUACAUGACCUAUUUUUGCGUUCGUUGUUCACCAUGGGAAUCAUCGGAUGAUUGGUGUCAUUUGUCAGUUUCGUUGAGAAGGUGUAACAAUAGGGACUACCGGAUUGAGGGAUUUGAUUGGCCAUUUUUCAAGAAGAAGUGUUCGGAUGAACGAAGCUUUACGGGUUGUCGAGGGUGAAAUAUGACCAGAGUUAUUAUUGUAGGUAUUUUAGGGACAUUAUAGGUGUGAGAAGGCACACCGGGAAGUGAAAUUAACUCUGCCCAGAAAAGGGCGGUUAAUCGGAGCCAAAUUACCGUUUUCAAUGGAACAUGUCUCAGAUAUAAGAGUUUCUUUCAAAACGUAACAGUGAAACUGUCAAAAUUCUCAAUCUGCGACCAAGAAAAAUGAAAUUCACUGAUACAUAUCUACCUGUGAUCAAAAUUACAUCAGAAAUCAUCGUGACCAUGAUCACCCGUGUUAAGUUAAGCAGAAGAUAAUUAUGAACAGUCAUUACGCGUGAAGGACAGUUCACGAUGGAGAAUUACUGGACGUUGAUGGAGAUCUAGUGGCACUGCUUCUGGAAAACCCUCCAGUGAAGAUGGAUGCGAGUACAGUGUGGAAUUUGAGCCACCGGUUUGAGCCGCUGGCGGAGAACUCAACGAAUUGUACAUCGAUGGAUAGUGGAUGUUAUUACGAUAAUGAAUUAGUCGGUAGAGUUGUGAAAGUGGUUGUACCAUUAUUCUUCGGCCCUAUCGGUAUUCUCGGGCUUGUGGGUAAUUCACUAGUGGUAAUCGUUAUUGCUCUCAAUCCUAGUAUGCGGUCUACCACGAAUCUUCUCAUUAUUAAUCUGGCAAUAGCGGAUUUACUGUUUGUCAUAUUCUGCAUACCCUUCACUGCUACUGACUUUGUACUGCCGUACUGGCCGUUCGGUGAUUUGUGGUGCCGAAUUGUCCAGUAUCUGAUCAUCGUUACUGCCUGUGCCAGUGUUUAUACACUGGUACUCAUGAGCUUGGAUAGGUAUCUUGCUGUUGUGCAUCCAGUGGCUUCCAUGACUGUGAGAACCGAGCAUCAUGCAUUUAUAGCUAUCUGCAUCGUAUGGUUCGUCAUACUUACAACUUCUAUUCCAGUGCUCCUCAUCCACGGAGAGAUUUAUAUUCAGUUGCAGAGUGAGCCGGAUCCACACCCCGCCUGCAGAAUCCUACCGGACGCCAAUCGGACGGUCUUCCAAGUGACAUUUUUUCUUUUGAGCUACGUCAUUCCGUUGACAGUGACGUGUGCGUUGUACGUGUUUAUGCUCAUACGAUUGUGGCGAGGGGCACGUGCCAGCGCUGAAAGCCGAAGAGGACGAAAAAAAGUCACUAGACUCGUCAUAAUCGUGGUCGCUGUCUUCGCGAUAUGCUGGUUUCCCAUUCAAGUAAUUCUGGUAGCGAAAUCAUUAGACUCAUAUCCUCUGACGACAACAUCGGUUAUGAUUCAGGUCGCCAGUCAUGUCAUGGCGUAUAUGAAUAGCUGUGUCAAUCCAAUUUUAUACGCAUUUUUGAGUGAUAAUUUUCGGAAAGCAUUUCGGAAGAUUAUUUACCUCAGGCCGAGGUACGAAGCCAAGGGGACGGGGGGACCGUUGACCAAGACUACUCGGGCGGCGAGCAGCGGUGACAUUAUAUAGGAAAUAGCCUAUGAUAUGCAGAUCUAGUCAAUAACAGAAGGCUGACUGGAAGCCUUUGACUAGAGGCAGCCAGAAACUUCACAGGAUGAUUGGCGAUGACAAGGUACAAGGUACAAGGCUCUAUCAAAUGCAUGGUAGAAUGCUUUUGUAUCUCGCGUUAUUGAGUAAUUUACAUAUGGCUCAAUACUAAAUAUAGUUGUUGAGUACAGAUGGGAAAAUGGUUUUUGUGCAAUUUGACUGGUUAUAAUAAUAAUGAAAUAUUUAAGUGAAUGAAUGUUUUGUGAUGAUUCCGUGGUACUCAUCAUUUUCAACGAUUUUCCCAAUUAAAAUAGUGGAUGAGUAAUAACUAUCAUGUCAUUUGAGUGUAUAAAUGUACCAAAUGGUGAUAUAAAUUAUAUGAAGUGUUAAUAA